UAUAUUUACCUUAUUUUCUUUCGUAAGACUCCACCAGAAAAGCCAGUCAUCGAAGCAAUUUUUUAGGCCUGGAGAUGGGCGACAACGGUGGCGCAGCAGCCAAACUUCCGAUUCCUGGGAAGCGGAACAUCCUCAUCACCAGCGCUUUGCCAUAUGUUAACAACGUCCCUCAUCUCGGGAACAUUAUUGGAUGCGUGCUGAGCGCUGAUGUUUUCGCGAGGUACUGCCGGAACAGAGGGUACAACGCUAUAUAUAUUUGCGGUACGGAUGAGUACGGAACUGCAACAGAGACCAAGGCAAUGGAGGAGGGCUGUUCUACCAAGGAAAUUUGUGACAAGUAUCAUGUUAUUCACAAAGAGGUAUACGAGUGGUUUGGUAUAAGGUUUGAUGAGUUUGGGCGAACUUCAAGUCCACAACAGACUGAAGUUUGUCAAGCAAUUUUUAAGAAACUGUUGGAGAAUAAUUGGCUUUCAGAAAACACUAUGCAGCAGUUAUACUGUGAUUCUUGUAAGAGAUUCUUGGCUGAUCGGCUUGUGGAGGGUAAUUGUCCAACACCAGGUUGUAAGCAUGAUUCUGCUCGUGGAGAUCAGUGUGAAAAGUGUGGGAAGCUUUUGAAUCCCACGGAACUUAUAGAACCAAAAUGCAAGGUUUGUCGCAGUGCUCCACGUAUUUGUGAUACAAAUCACUUGUUUCUUGAGCUUCCUCUACUGAAGGAUAAGUUAGAAGAGUAUAUACAGACCAUGUCAGUGGCUGGGGGUUGGAGUCAGAAUGCCAUCCAAUCAACACAUGCUUGGCUUAGAGAAGGGCUGAAACCACGAUGUAUCACGAGAGACUUGAAAUGGGGAGUUCCUGUGCCACAUGAGAAAUUCAAGGACAAGGUUUUCUAUGUAUGGUUUGAUGCCCCCAUUGGAUAUGUCUCAAUAACUGCAUGCCACACAACAGACUGGGAGAAGUGGUGGAAGAAUCCUGAAAACGUGGAACUCUACCAGUUUAUGGGCAAGGACAAUGUUCCUUUCCAUACUGUAAUGUUCCCCUCCACUCUUCUUGGGACAGGUGAAAAAUGGACUUUGAUGAGAACCAUCAGUGUUACAGAAUAUUUGAACUAUGAAACAGGGAAAUUUUCAAAGAGCAAGGGUAUAGGAGUAUUUGGAAAUGAUGCAAAAGACACAAAUAUACCCGUGGAAGUAUGGAGAUAUUAUUUGCUGACCAAUAGGCCAGAAGCAUCAGAUACCCUGUUCACUUGGUCUGAUUUGCAAGCAAAAUUGAAUAGCGAGCUUCUGAGCAAUCUGGGAAAUUUCAUCAACCGAGUUUUGAGUUUCAUUGCCAAAGAGCCAGGUUCAGGAUAUGGUUCAGUGAUUCCUGAUGUUCAGGGUGCAGAAUCUCAUCUAUUAACAAAAGCUUUUGGAGAGAAAGUUGGCAAUUAUGUGGAGCAGUAUAUAGAAGCAAUGGAAAAGGUGAAGCUAAAGCUAGGUUUGAAGCUUGCUAUGUCUGUAUCUGGUGAAGGAAAUGCAUAUUUGCAAGAAAGCCAAUUUUGGAAGCUUUACAAAGAGGAUCAGCCAACUUGUUCAGUGGUCAUGAGGACUUCUGCUGGAUUAGUUUAUCUUCUUGCAUGCCUCUUAGAACCUUUUAUGCCAUCUUUCUCCCUUGAGGUACUUAAGCAGCUCAAUUUGCCACUUGACGGACAAAUUUCUCUUUCCAAUGAGAAAGGUGAUGUUGAAAGGGCUAAAAGACCUUGGGAGAUUCUACCUCCUAGUCAUAAAAUUGGAAUACCUGCACCUUUGUUCAGAGAAAUGAAAGACGAGGAAGUGGAGUUCUAUAGAGUGAAAUAUGCUGGAAGUCAAGCAGAUAGACUUGUGAAGGCCGAAGCUGAAUCUCAAUCAAAACAUUUAGCUGAACAACUCAAGAAAACCAAAGUAUCAGAUGGGAACACUGCGAAUAAGGAUCGACCAAGAAAGUCUUCUGAUACAAAACCCAAAGCUUCAGCUCCUUCUAAUACCGAAAUUUCCAUUAGUAGACUAAACAUUCGAGUUGGUCUCAUAACGAAGGCCGAAAAACAUCCUGACGCCGAUUCUUUAUAUGUGGAGGAGAUAGAGGUUGGUGAACCAUUGCCUCGCACUGUUGUGAGUGGCCUAGUCAAAUAUAUACCCAUAGAAGAGAUGCAGAAUCGCAAGGUAUGUGUUCUUUGUAACCUGAAACCAGCAACAAUGAGGGGUAUAAAGUCUCAAGCAAUGGUUCUUGCAGCUUCUAAUUACGAUCAGACAAAGGUUGAGUUGGUCGAACCUCCCCAAGGCGCCCUUGUUGGUGAGAGAGUUACAUUCCCAGGGUAUGAAGGUUUGCCAGAUGAUCUCCUAAAUCCUAAGAGGAAGGUUUGGGAAACUGUCCAAGUGGAUCUCCAUACAGAUAAAGAUUUGGUGGCACGGUACCGCGAUUCGCCAUUAACAACAGCAGCAGGUGUAUGCAAGGUUGCAUCAAUCAGUGAAGGAUCAAUAAGAUAGAUAUCUUCCUGAGAGAUUCUGGCCAAUGAAUACUUGAUAUUGGUCAACUUAAUUUCUGAUUGACGAAGAAAAGGAGUGAAGGUUAGACAUAAUCGUACGACACAAAAUAUAUGUUUUAUAGCAAUUUGUCCACGUGUAAAAACUCUUACACACAUACAUACAACGUUGCCGCGACUCUUGUAGAUAGCUCUUGAAACUGUACUGCAGUUGGUUUUCUAUAUCUGCGGCUUGAUGGAGUCUGAAGGAAGCUCCAGGGAUCAAACUCAUUCAUUCAGAUUAGAAGAUCUUCAAGGUGGAAGGGAGUUGUGUAUAAGUAAGGUGAGUUCUUGUAAUAUAUAUACACCUUAAUUAAUGCUUGAAGUUAUAUUUUGUA